GAAUUUUUAAAGAUGAUUUCUACAGUUAAAAGUUACUUAACUCACCACAAUCUCUUAUUAAAGGAACCAGUUGCCAAUUCUGCUCCAGCAGAAGAAAACAAGGUUUUCCCAAUGGACUCUCUAGCCAAAUCAAUCAACCAAUUUGCCCUGGACUUCAGCAAAAAGCUGGCUGAAUCGGCUGAGGGCAAAAAUAUUUUCUUUUCUCCCUGGGGCAUCUCGACCUCGUUGGCCAUGGUGUAUUUGGGCACUGGAGGUACCACGGCAGCGCAGAUGGCCCAGGUUCUUCAGUUUAGCAGAGAUCAGGACAUCAAACCUUGUCCUGAAAGUGAGAAGAAAAGAAAAAUGGAAUUCGGUUUGGGCAAGGUUGAAGAUAUACACUCUCACUUCCAGACCCUUAUCUCAGAAAUCAGCAAUCCCAGCAAGGCUUACAUACUUAAAACAGCCAACAGGAUAUAUGGAGAGAAAACCUACCCAUUUCACAGUAGAUAUCUAAAAGACAUGAAAACAUACUUUGGUGCAGAACCACAGUCUGUUAAUUUUGUGGGAGCUUCUGGACAAAUUCGAAAGGAGAUCAACUCUUGGGUUGAAAGUCAGACUGAAGGAAAAAUCCAGAAUCUCCUACCUGAUGAUGCAGUGGAUUCUGCAACCAGAAUGGUUCUGGUGAAUGCCCUUUACUUUAAAGGAAUCUGGGAACAUCAGUUCUUAGUCCAAAACACCACAGAAAAGCCUUUCAGAAUAAACAAGAGUACAAGCAAACCAGUGCAAAUGAUGUCCAUGAAGGAAAAACUCCAAGUUUUUCACAUUGAAAAGCCACAAGCUAUGGGCCUACAACUCUACUAUGAAAACCGUGACCUCAGCCUGCUCAUACUGCUGCCAGAAGAUAUCGAUGGCCUGGAUCAGCUGGAAAAGGCCACCACCUAUGAGAAGCUGAGUGAAUGGACCAGCGCAGACAUGAUGGAGUUGUACGAGGUUCAGCUGCAGCUCCCCAAGUUCAAGCUGGAAGAGACUUACAAUCUCAAGUCAACCCUGAGCAGUAUGGGGAUGAGUGAUGCCUUUAACCAGAACAGAGCUGAUUUCUCAGGAAUGUCUAUGGAGAGAAACUUAUUUCUGUCCAAUGUUUUCCACAAGUCUUUUGUAGAAAUAAAUGAACAAGGUACAGAGGCUACAGCUGGCACUGGGAGUGUGGUGAGCGCUCGAAUUAGGCUCCCUUCCAUUGAAUUUAAUGCAAACCACCCGUUCCUCUUCUUUAUCAGGCACAACAAAACUAGUAACAUUCUCUUUUACGGGAGAUUCUGCUCCCCCUAGACAAUGUAUCUCUCUCAUUAAACGAGACCAACUUCUGGUGUGAAAAGUGUACGAAAAGAUGGAGAAACACAAUUAUAAUAAAAACCAGUUUGCAGCUUGUAUCUUCUUCACAUUUGAAUGUUAGCAAAUAAACCUUGAAAUAAUGCA